AUGUCAAUUCCAUCCGUGUCACGAGCAGAGAUAGUCCAGUGGAUAAAUGGGGUACUUGACAGCAAUUAUACCAAAGUAGAGCAGUGCGGAACCGGUGCGAUUUACUGCCAGCUUCUCGAUUCAAUUUACCAGAAUGUGCCACUGGGGAGAGUCAAGUUUAAUGCUCGCCAGGAAUACGAGUACAUAAACAACUUCAAAAUUCUGCAAACGGCGUUUAGAUCUAACAAGACUCAGAAACAAGCUCUUGUGAAAUGCAAAAUGCAAGACAACCUCGAAUUCUGCCAGUGGUUUAAGAAAUUUUGGGACGAGCAUUUCCCCGGUGGUGAGUAUGACGCUGUCGGCAGAAGAUCAGGUGCUCCCGGCGCUGCUGUGUCUGCCACACCUUCAAGCGGUGGUCCUACACCACGAACCUCCUCCGCAGCCGGCACACGGCGACCAGCCAAACUCAGCGGUGGCGGUGUAUCCUCAGCCGCUGCCGAUGCUCAAAUCGAGUCUUUAAACGCGCAGAUGGGCGACCUCAAAAUAAAUUUCGAUUCUCUCGAGAAGGAACGUGACUUCUACUUUGCCAAGCUCCGUGAUAUUGAAAUCUUGGUUCAAACUCACCUCGAAAACCCAGAAACUAUCGAUACACCUGCCAGUGAGGCCUUCCAACAGAUUCAGCAGAUACUCUACUCUACAGAGGAAGGCUUCGAAGUGCCAGAAGGCGAGGAGGAAGACGAAACGUUCUGA